UGAAAAUUCGUCCAGUCAAAGUUACAAGAAAAAGCAGGCCCAGUCCAAACCGCUUCCUACUGCCUGGAAGCGCGGAUGCCACAAUCAAACAAACCCUCCACGGCGCCAGCGACGGCGGAGGAAGGAAGAAAGAGCAGAGAAAUAAAAACAAGCAUCGGAGACGGAAUUAGCUGCCCUUCGAAAUACUAGAGUAAAAAUGGCGUCUCCAGCCGCUGUAAGAGAGUUGCAGCGCGAUCUCGAAAACAAAGCGAACGAUCUCAGUAAAAUCCAGAAAGAUAUCGCGAAGAAUCACCAAGUGAGGAAGAAGUACACUAUCCAGCUCGGCGAGAAUGAGCUAGUGCUUAAGGAGCUGGAAUUGUUGAAGGAGGACGCAAAUGUUUACAAGUUGAUCGGUCCGGUGCUGGUGAAGCAGGAUUUGGCGGAGGCGAAUGCCAAUGUCCGCAAGAGGAUUGAGUAUAUCUCUGCUGAAUUGAAGCGGCUUGAUGCAACUGUUCAGGAUCUGGAGGAAAAGCAGAACAGCAAAAGAGAGGCGGUCUUGAAAGUACAACAAAGAAUGCAAGCUCUUCAGGCCGGAAAAGCAAAAGCGUGAUCCACGCACAUGUUUGUUUCCCUGGGGGCUUGUCAGCUGUACCAUUUGCUUACUGCAGCGGAUCUGGUGUAGAUACGUUAUUGUUACUCAUUGAAAGCUGCAUCAUUUUUCCCGAUCCCUUUGAAUGUUGCAAGUUGUGACUGGCAUCAUUACUGAAGAGUGUGUUUCCGUAGUUAUCCCACAUGACCCGUCUUCUUCUUCUGGUUGGUGAUUGAAUUUGUGUAUCCACGCUGCGGUCCCAGCAUGUAUGGAGUAAAAGAGACAUUUGGGAGGUGAUCUGUCUUGUCUGUGACGAGGAAACCUCUCCCCAGAAACGUGCUCACGAGGUUGCAGCACUAACGCUCUAGUUGCUUACUUUUAGCGAUGCUGCGUUUAAGGUACACACUGUGAAAGCGAGAGGGACUAUUAUUAAGCUGGAGACCGAGAAGGGAAUAUUCCAAACAUCAUUGCGAAACGUGCGGCAAAAAAGGCGGUGAAAUCUGGGGAUUGUUGUCUGAUGGAUCAUAGUUGGCGUGGAUGAAAGCAUUGCGUCUUGGACUCGCUUGGGUUAGUGAAGACAGUUGCAUCGAUUUGAUUCAUGUCGCCAUGUGACCUCUGUGUUUUUGUCCUACUAGGUCUCACGAACCGCAAAUGCACUUGUCGUAGAACACGG